AUGGCCAUGAGCGUCAGCGCUGGCAUCCAGAAGGGCACGACUCUCAGAGUCUGUCUGCCUUGUGGAAGGGUGCGGGUGAGGACGGUGUCCGUCUUCCCGCGGCGCGGCGACGGCGCAGCGGUGGUGCUGCGGCUGGGGAAGAAGCGCCUGCACGGCGCGUUCGCCACCUUCAAGGACUAUGUGGUCUCGGCGGUUGGAGACGGCGGCGGCGAGACGGUGGUGGAGGGGCGGCCGGCGUUCCCGGUGGCGCUGAUCACGUCAGAGGAAGGGGUGACGGUGCAGCUGCUGUUCGAGCACCAGACGCACUGCAAGGUCUGGAAGGCCGCCAUCGAGGGCAUGCUGGCCGAAAAGAAGCUCAAGCGCGACAACCAACUGAACUGA